AUGCACUUGCUCGACGGCGACCUGGACUUGGCCAUUGACCGACUUCAGAUCCACGCCGUCAAGUACGAGGGAUCGAAAGCGACGCAGAAGCUGGGUCAAGUCAAGAGUGCCAUCUACGUCGCCCCCAGCGGUCUCAUCGUCUGGACCACCGGCCACGUCAACGGCACGCCGGGAAAACGCUCCAUGUACGACUACGGACGCAUCCAAGGCGGUAUCGGGCUCAUGGCCGAGGACCCGUGCGGUCUCGUGCUGCGCAUUUCUGGUCGCCACCGCAUUGUCUACUCGUUCGAGCGCACGGAGAUUUUCGACCUCAUGCAAACGCUGGCAGGCCAUCUCGGCAUCCAGCUCGAGAUCACGGGCAUUCUGCGCAACGAGCAGAUUCUGACGUGCCGGCCAUCGGUCGCGUCGUCCCAGACGCAGAUCCUUCUGCAGUUUCCCGUCGUGCGCAUGAGCUCCCACAAAUCCGACGCUACCGGGAAGCUCAAGGUGUUUGGGUUCACCGCCGACGCCGUCUUCGAGUGCGACGAGACAGGCGACAACCUUCGCAUGUGGCGCUACUCGAGCAUCCACGCCGUGACACGUCUGGAGCGCCACCCGACGCGCCUCCAGCUCAACUUUGUCUCGGGCAAGUCCAUUUGGUUCGACGCCGAUGCCCGCGAAGAGAUCAUGACCACCUUGCUCGAUGCGUGCAUGAACCACAAGGACGAGCGCGGUGACAUGUGCAUCGGCAUGCAGGUCAAGCCGUCCGAGCUCGUCAUGGAGCUCCUCCCGCGCGCGGUGGUGGGUACCGACAAGGAACACGCGUUCUACUUUGGACCGCAAGGCAUGGGCGUCUACUACCUGAGCAAGAUCCACGACGCCGACACCCAAGGGUUUGUCGACGCGGUCGAAGAGUUCAACGCCAACUGCAGUGUGAGUCGCCACACGCGGCUGCGCUUUGAGAGCGACGCGGCGUGGAUCCCGCACGUCUGCAAAGAAAUGUCCAACGUCCUCAUGCUGUCGUGCAAGACCCGCGACCAUCGUGCUAUCAUUGCGAUCUUGCAAGCGUUCUGCUGGCUCCAGCACGCCGAGCGGAGCGUCUUGGACAUCCCUGGCAUCAGCCUCCUCGAGACGCUCCUCGCUGUCUUUACGACUGAGAACGAGUCGUCAAUCUUUUGGACCAUCAAGCUCAUUCACGCGCUCUCGCAGGACGCCAGUGGGUCCCCGGACGGAAAAAGCCGGGAAGCUGCCAACAAGAAGCGCAUCUUUGUCAACACGCGGCUCGUCGAUCACCUCUUGCAUGCGUUUGAGGACGAGCUCAACCCGGGGUACGGUCCCUUGACGCUGCUCGCGGUGUCGAGCCUCUUUGACUCGGUCUUUUGCACGCACCGGGACUCGACCAACAACGCGCAUUUCAUGGAGCUCAUUGGCAAGUUUGGGAAAAUCUACCCGCGCGUGCUCGGCAUCCUCUACUCUCGCCCCGUCAUUGGCACGUUUGAAGCGUGCGUCAUGAUCAUGAAGAUGGUGGUCGAGAACGCCGACGCCGCGACGCGCCAGGCCAUCUGCGACAUGGCGCUCAACGGCGGUCUCACGCUCCGGCACCUCUACAAGGGGUGGUACUCGCCGACGCACGACCAGCGCUUUGUGAAUCAGUUUGUCGCGUCGGUCUUUAUGACAGCACAUCGCCCGUCGUUUCAGCUUUUGCACCGCGUCCUCCCCACGGGCUUUCUCCGCAUGCUCGCGUACCCACAGACCAAAAAACUGAUGCUGGAAGAGUACGGCGACGGCAUGUUGCCGCCCAAGACCGGCGCAUCGGACGACGACGACCCGCUGGCGACGUCGACGACGUUCCUAUCGCGCGCGUCCUUCCAUAUGGACUUGCCCGUCGACGACAAUGGCGACGAGGAAGAGCUCUGCGACGCGAUCGACAAGUUUAGCGGCCGCCUCCAUGCGCGCGUCAUCAAAUUUCCGAACGCGAUCGAGCUCGAGGUCGCCUCCCGGCACUCGCACAUGCCGCACAACUACAAGUGCGAGACAUCCCGGGAUCUCCAUUUGGUGUCGCACCUGCUUCUGCAUGGCUUUGCGUUGCCGGAUGCGAUCUGGAACGCAACGACCCGCCGCGAACUCAAGUAUGCGCUCGAAGAGGCCAUUUUGGAGCACGAAGAAGAGGUCGCGCACCCUCUCAAGCACUUUAGCGCGAUGCCGUUUGCUUGGAACCACGCGUCGUUCAAGGUCGAGUAUGCGAGCUUGGCCAAAGAGAUCAAGGUCGGCCCGUACUUUCUGCGCAUUCUCAUCGACAACGUGCACGAUGGCAUCGUGCUCUGCGAACCAUCGUCGAGCCGGACGCGCGCGCAGUCGUUCGUCGACAUUGACUUGGAUCUCGCCGCGCAUGGCAACUACAAGACGGUUGUUGCGCACGCCAUCAACGACAUCUCGGCGGCCCCCAAGGCGUUUUUCGACAAGUGCUUUCAGCGCUGGCUCCAAGAGCUUCCGUUCUGCACUGUCACGCCGUAUGGGAGUGCCUCGAUGGUCGGCGUCGACUCGGACAGCCUUGUGGUUCCGUCGACGCAGCUGGACCGCGCCGAGAUCUGGUGCCUUCAGCUCAUGGUCGCCACGUAUCGUGCGUUCCCGACGAUGGGGCCCAUCGAGAUGGAAAAGAUCCAGUACGUGGUGCGCAUGCUCCGAGGCGAGACGCGCGCGCACAUCAUCGAGUACCUCCUCGCGUGGCUGAGCACGGUCGCGCUCAACCGGGACACGUGCCAGUACAUUUUAGCCAAGGACAACGUCGACCUCUUCCUCGAUAUGUCGACGCUGAUCCACGAGAACACGCCGGUCGCGACAAGCGACGUCAAGACCAUGAAAAAGUCGGCGCGGUCGUCGCAGUGGAUCACCAACACGCCCAAGUCGAUGGAGGGCGACGGCGCGCCGCCCAAGUCUGGCUUUUCUUACUUCAACUUCUUCAAGCAGUCGGUGCGCGCUGGCAUGGACGAAACCGAGCUCGACGAAGGCGAGACCAACAUUGACGCGGUCGAAGAGACGUUUACGGGCGAAGUCUACUGGUAUGUCAUGAAGGACAACGACAUGUCGAGCGUCUCAGGGCCGCACCCCGAGUCCAUUUUGCAAGCGAUCUGCUCGACCAAGACGUCCAACUGGAGUCGCAUCCUCCUCUCCAUGUACAAUGAGCGGGCCCCCGAAGAACGGGAGUGGCGGCCACUUCUCCGCGUGCCGCGCGUCCGCUGGCGCCUCUUUGUGCAAGCGCCGUUCCACGUCAAUGUGUGCAUCUACACGACGACGCUGGUGCGCGCGCUCGUCGAGUGCGAGAUGGACCGAACGUCGUCCGGCCUGCAGUACUUCCCCGUGCCGGCGGGCAAGCGGUUUCUGGGCGACCCGAUCUCGCUCUCCAAUGUCGUGCAGCUCUUGCUGUGCAACGAAGGCGCGAUCGUCGAGAGCGCCAUUGCGAUCUUGCACCGCCUCGUUGCCAUGAACGAUGCGACGGCGUCCAACUUGUACCGAUGCGGCGCGAUCUGGUUUAUGUUUGCAAGCGCGAGCCGCGUCUCGUUCCUCGAGCACGCACUCGUUCUCGCGCAGACGCACCGCCGACAAAAGGACAUUGCCGGUCGCCACAGCAUCCUCGAAGGUCUCUUGCCCGAAGCGCUCAUCCGGAUUCUCGACCUCGAAGGCCCGCACGUGUUUGCCGACGUCUUUACCAUGCGCACGACGGACGGCCGCGUCAUUUGGCUCCAAGAAAUGCGCGAGCACCUCCAGCUCAUGCUCCACGAGCACUUGAGUCCGUUCGUCGCUCGGCUCCACCAAGACAGCACGGCGCAAUUCGAGUACUCGCCGAUGCCGCCGGUCAUUUACCUCCAGCUGCGCGAUGACAUCUACGUCUACAACAUGUACCUCUCGCGCCUCUUUCCGGAAGACCCGGACGACGACGACGUCCACGACCACGUGUCGCACGCCCGCGCGGUCCGCGCGCAAGACGCAAACGAGCCCAACGAGCCAGCGUACGGCGACGACGACGACGGGUACGACGAGUUUCAUGACGGUGACGGGUAUGACGCCGGUGACGGGUAUGACGACGGCGACGGCUAUGACGACGGUGCCGACGACGAGCAUCAUGACGAGCCAGUCGAGGAUGCGUCGCCGGAGCCCAAGCGUGUGAACGUGGCGGACGAAGUGACCGACCCGCUCGGGUUCAUGCGUGCACUGCAUCUCACGUGGCGCGAGCAGAUCGCUGUGGCCGAGAGUCGUAUGACCAAGACGGCGGCGCGGGCGCUGCUCAAGGUCGAUCCGUCCGAAGUCACGUUCGAGACGGAAGGCGCGUUUUUGCGCGGCCGGUACCGCGCCAUUUGCCGUGCCGACGAGAACGUCGACCUUGCGCGGCUGAACGAGGCCUUCCUCGUGCUCUCGUGUGCGCCCGAAAGCGACUGCGAGCUCGACAAGCUGCCGCACAAGACGCUGUCGCUGCUGCUGCGCACGCAGCUGCUCUUUUACGACACGUUCCAGUCGACGUUCCAGUCGAUCCCGUACGAGUCGUACGACUUGCUUUUGAAGCUCCUCGCGCGCUUCGACCUGCGCGUCGACAUUGAGCUGCCGCCGGCGUCGCUCGAGUCGGACGGUCCGAUCAUGGAGCUGCUCUCGCUGACGAUGGAGCUCCUCCUCGCGACCAUGAUCUCGUCGCCGUGGAACGUCGAACAAAUGCUUCGCGCGGGUGGCCUCCCGACCAUCAUCGAGAUCGCCGACCUUUGCCGCAAGUACCAAGAUGGUUGGGUCUCCGAGGCGGACUCGAACUUUGACUACAUCGGUGGCCUCGCCUUCCGCGUGCUCCUCGCGGUGGCCAACACGGACGUUGGCCGCGAAGAGCUCGCGUUCGAAGAUGCCGUCGAGACGAAGAAGCCGUCGAUUCGACCGGUCGUGCAGAUCGUCUGCGACCUCAUUACGAUGGAUCUGCUGCACCCGAACAUGACGAUCCUCGGCCUCGACAUCCUCUCGUUCAUGGCGCGGCACGAGACAUCCCAGAACACGAUCCUGGAAAGCUCGUCGGUGCUGUGGCAGUGCCUGCAGCUGCUUUUGCUCUACGGCCCGCAGCCCGCCAAGCAGCAAGUCGUGUGGGCAGCACUACGCUGCGUGCGGGCGCUCGCCGGGUACGACGCCGAGUGCAAGGCCCAGGGAAACGUCCAGAGCGCGCUUGCGACCUUGCUGCCCAUUUGGUCGAAGCCAGCGCUCGUCCAGGGCGAUCCCGAGCACAUUCUGAGCCUUGUCUUUGGCGAGACGCACGAGCCGCAGUGCAUUUGGAACGACGCGAUGCGGUCCGAGGUCGUCCAGUACCUCGACACGAUCCUCGAGUUUCCUGCCCACGCGUACGAUGCGAUUCAGUCCGCAUCCGAGUUUGAGUUUGAGACGCUCGUCGGUGAACCGGUGGUGGGUGGCGUGUACCUCCGCAUUUACAACGAGCCGAUCGUCGACAAGAGUCUGCCAUCGUCGGUCGCUUUGGAGUUUUGCGAGUCGCUGCUUGUCUUUCUGCACGAACACGCCAACCCGCAAGACGAGUUGUAUGCCGAGACGCUCCUCGCACUCGACUGCUUUCGGCACCUCACGCUCGCACAGCCGACGCAGGUGCAAAAGUGUGUCCUCGAGUCGUUCUCGGAGCCGCCGCUUAUCCACGCGAUCGGGCUCUACCUCACGCAAGACCCAAUGGCCGGCGGCGUCCCGCUCUCGGAAGGGUCGGUUGGCAUCGACGUCGACGCUGUCCAGCGCCGGGAUGCCGCCAUGGCGUGCAUGGAGACGCUGGCGGAACACUGUGACGCGCAGGUGCUCUCAGCCCUCGAGCCGUUUUGCCAACCGAUGCUCAACCUCGCCGAGCAGUACGCCGGGGACGAGACGGCCGACUUUAGCCUCGGGUGCCUCCAAGCGCUCUGCAGCGCGAGCGCCGACAUUUGCAUCGGGCUCCUCGAAAGCCACGUGUGGCUCCAACUGCUCUCAAUGACGAUCCAGGCGCGGCACUUUUACACCGAAGACGCGCACAUGGCGGCCGAGACGCUUCGCGCGGCGGCGGCGCCGGUCUGGGGCGCGAUCCUCAACUUUAGCGACGACAUGGAGGCUUUGGCGGUCGAGAACUUGCGGCAUUUUCUUCCGUUUGCCCUCGUGAGUACACUCAUGGACGACCCCGAAAACUUUGAAGCGGUCUUUGAGGAAGACGCACACGACGCCGAGCUCAUCUGGAACGAAGACAUGCGCCGCGCGCUGCGCGGCCACAUGGACGAGGUGCUCACGCGCAUCGAAGGCGCGACCGACGUCCACGACAAGUACCUCUCGUUUCCCGAGGACGGCAUGGAUUUCAACGCGUGGGACCACGGCACGAUCCUGCAGCAAAUCAUCCCCAAGGCCGCACAGUCCAUGAUGGAUGCACCGUACACGCUGCCAGACCUCGUCGACCGCGGUGUCGAGUUUGCCGGCCUUUUCAACAAGCUCACGAACGCGCUCGUGUUCAUUUUGCGGGAGUACAGCGACGCCAAGGCGCAUCUAGAGGACGAAGAGCUCAUGGCGCAGAACCUCCUCGAUGUGCUGGCGCAGUGCCAGGCCGAGCGCGCGGUCGGCUUUCCGCAGACCUGUGUGCUGCGGCUCAUGGCGGUGUUUGCCAACUCAUCUCUCUUCGAGUCGCCCGAGUGUCUCCGGUCGCUCUUCGCGCCAAUCCAGCGCAAGCACCAGGACCCAACGCUGAUCCUCGAGAUCCUCCGCGUCAUCGUCGAGAAUCACUACAAGAAGCCCAAGCGCCAGCGCCGCUUCUCGGUCUUCCAGUGCAUCACGGACCUGGACGUGUUCCCGCUCUUGCUUGCGUUCAACGACGGCAGCGCAGACAUGAGCAUGGUCCGCCGACCCAUGGACUGCACGACGCACGCCAAUGCGAUCAUGCGCUGCAUUUGCGCCGAGAGCGAAGAGAUGCAGCAGCGCAUGCACACGCCGCACGUGACGCACGCACCCACGCACGCAGUCGUCGAAGCCCCGACCAACCUCCCGAUGGUGUCGCCACUGCGCCGACCCAAAGCCCUCUCGAUGCCACAAGCGCCGCACGUCCACGUCCCGAACCGAGCGUCGAUGCCGUCGCUACCGACGCCGCGGCAGUUCCAGCCACCGGUGGCCAAGCACACGACGCAGCCACCGCCUCUGUACAAGUCGCCGCCGCAAGAAGCACCGCCAGUGUACCAGCCGCCGCCGGUGCAGACGCCGUCGCCGGUGCAGCGACCGACGGCACGGCAAUUCGUGCCCCAGUACAUAUCGCCGCAGUUGCCGCAGCGCCAAGCGCCACCGCAGCCGCAGCCACCGGCCAAGCCGCAGCCACCGAUCCUCGCGCACCCGUACAUGCGCAACCAGCACUCGGUGUACCAUCGGUCGAUGCCGGCGCCGGCGCCCCGGCGCAAGACCAUGUCCGAGGUCUCGAUCGAUACGCACAGCGUCUCGACGGGCGUCGACUCGAACCCGCGCCGCCCGACAGCGUACCAUGGCUCGCAAGAGACGUACGAGCUCGACGCUCUCUCCAUGAUCUCGGGCUCGGAAGGAUACACUGACGACAAUGUGCCGCAAGAUAGCGAGUUUGAAUUCGAGGUCGACGACCAGUCGGAAGCCGACGACGGGCACCGCCAGGAAGAGUACGACAUUUGA